AUGGCUAUUUUCAAAAAUUGCUAUGAACAUUUCAGGGGCAAGUUUUAAAAAUAAUACAUCCCAGCUCAAUCUCCAAAAAUGCAUUCGAAAAAAAAGGUGCUUGUUUUAGAUUUAGAUGAAACCUUGGUUCAUUGCGAGUUUAAGGAAAAUAAUAGUUUUUAGCAUGAAGCCUUACUGAAAGUAAAUCAUAAAGGACAAGAAUACAAAAUUUAUUUAAGAACUAGACCACACUUAAAUUAAUUCUUAAUUGAAGCUAGUCGAGAUUACGAAAUAAUAAUCUUUACUGCAGGUUACGAAGUUUAUUGUGAGAAAGUGUUAGCUUACAUUGACAACAAUAGAUUGAUAUCAGAUUAUUACGCUCGAGGAAGUUGCCAAUUUAUCAAUGGAGUUUGCUUCAAAGAUUUGUCAUUACUAGAUAGACCUAUGGAGGAUAUAAUUUUCAUAGAUGUAAAAUUUCCUAUAAAUAUUAGAAUAAUCCUAAUGCCUUUGAUAGAUGCCAAGAAAAUGGGUUACUCAUACCCUCCUAUCUUGAUUCAGACGACGAUGAUUGUCUUUUAAGAUUAAUUCCUUUUCUUAAAUAUUUAUCAAAGAAAAAAGAUCUGAGACCUAUUGCAUAACACCUUCAUUAAUUUGAGAAUAAUAUUGGAAAUACCUUAUUCUCAGAAAACCAAAAAUCUUUAGAAAUCUAACAAGAAGCAAUGGAUGAAGACACCUUGAGUGAAGGUAAUGUUGUAAAGAAAGAUAAUGACAUUACAGAUUUAGAUAUAAAGCACAAAAAAACCUAAACUCAUUUAGAAGUAGUUUCUAAAGUUAGUAAUAAAAUAAGAAGUGCUACUCUAUUUUCUGGAUGA